AUGCUGCGCAAGAGAAACAGACCCAGUAUCGUAUGUACCUUUUGUAAAAAGCGAAAGGUGAGAUGCGAUAAGGGUAAUCCGUGUUCCACUUGUGUCAAGUAUGGAAACAAGGACUGUGUUUAUGGAGAUCCAGCUCCGCAGUCCGAAGCCCCAGAUGCGGUUUCGGAGCUUGAAUUUUUAAAACAUAAGGUACAAAUGCUAGAAUCUUCCAUUGGACUGGCCAAUCUGUCCCACAGCGAUGUCCACCAUAGGUCAUCUUCUUCCAACAAUGUAACACCUGAUUCCAUACCUUCCGUACCACCUCAGCCUUUUGGAACAAGUCCACAUAAUGGAGCCCCUGAUAUGAGAGAGCUGGCUCCUCAGCGAUUCAUGAACGGCAGUGCCAAUGGGUGCAUGAACGGCUCUAUACCUACCAAUCAGGGGUCUCCUGGAGGUGCAAACUUAUUUGGUAACUCUUUUGCAGGGCCAUUCUCUUCUCAAUUUAAUGGCCUGGCACCCAUUCAAGGACUCCCUCGUUUGGAAAGCCGGUUUUCUCGAGGACACACUAGCUCGCAAAUGGCAGACGUUCAAUCGGUUCUUGGAAAGAAUCCAAUAGGCAGCUACUCCGAUACCAUAAACUUCUACGAUGGGUAUAACCUGGUGUUUGUUCGAGGCGAGGCAAGGAAGUCCUUUGGUCCCUUGAGCUGGGUAGCCCAUGUACAACUCAAUCAGCCUUUGAAACACAUAUGGCUGUUCAUGAAGCUCAUAAACGUCCAGCAACGUAAAAUGAAACUUCUCACGGUUGAAGAAAAUGUACAAUAUGACAAUACGGAGCGAGAGUUCAGAGAACGCGUUGAAGAAGUCGAAGGUAUACGAGACGAAAAACCUUUCAAAAACUACCCGAACACAACAAUCUCCGCAACGAUAACAAAUCCAAAGAAGAUGAAUCCAGCACUUGUAUCAAAAGGAAUCCUGUUUUGUAACAUUGAGACAUCAAACAUAGAUGCAAUUAUCGAAGCGGUACGCGGAUUACUACCCAAGAAGAAGAUAUUCUGGGCUCUCAUAUCUCGUUAUUUCCAACAUGUUUACCCAUUUUUUCCGCUUGUGGACGAACUUGUCUUACGUGAAAAUUGUACGAGAAUUUUUGCUUCUAAGGCGGAAGAUUCAGAGGUUAUUGAUGAUAUUAGGGUUGAGCGCCGACUUGACUUUGCUCAUAUCGGGUUAGUAUUGAUUAUCCUUCGGUUUGCCCAUCUCAGUUUGUUCUCCAACGUUGCGAAAGUGAACGGUCUUCCAAAUCCGAUUCUGCCUGAAGCUCAAAUUCUAGUAGAAAAUCCAGUUGAGGCCGAGGUCGUCAACAUUGCCCAUCAUUGCUUAAACCAGUUCAACAUCUGUGGAUCAGUAUCAAUACCAGUACUUCAAUUGGCUAUAUUUGUACGCUUAUAUCAGAUCUACGGCCCUGAGACUGGUGACCAGGGAAGUGACCUCGGAAAUCGGACUUUAUUGACCACGGCUGUCAUACAGAUGGCACAAUCGAUGGGGCUCAACCGUGAACCUGAUCCUUCAAUGGGGCCAGUAGAUGAUCGCGAAAACAGCUUACGUCGAAAGAUUUGGUAUUACUUAUUGGUUCUUGAUGUGAAUACUGCUCUUUUCCUGGGAGCGCCCUUGACUGUGGGUAAAAACAUGUUUGAUACGAGAGCUCCAUAUUACAUCCCAGGAGUACGAAAUGUCGAGAGUGACGCUAUUGAAGAGAUGACUGUAUCUACUUUUGAUGGUUUUGACUACAUGUGGGAGCAACUUUAUGAUAUCGUUGGCCUGAUAGUGAGUAUUAAGGGCACGCUUCACCUUCACGAAUUUACAGCCAAAUUGUCUAUACUUGAGCAAAACGCCACGUUCAACUACCAAAAGUUGUUGGAGAUCCUUGACGAUAACACAAGCGUCCUCGAUGUAUUUUCAAAAGUCAUGAAGUUGAAGAUAUACUUUUCUUGCUCCUAUUUCCUUUCGACUAUACACUUGCGGUUGUCAUCUUACUUUGAGAAUAAGGGAGAAAUCAGGCUAUCAUUUUAUUAUAUGAAGAAGGCCUGUCUUAUUACAGUUCAUGACAUGUUGUCUUUGCAUCACAGUAUUACUGCAAGCAACACAGCAAUUUUCAGAAAAUCGACGGACAUUGUAAUCACACCUGGGUUUAUUUCAUUGGUCAAUUCAGGAGUGACCAUUAUAUUGUCAUUGAGAAUCAGAACUUUGGCAAGUAUAAUCACCAUUAACGAACAGCUCAAUCAAAGUUCUGAAAACGAAAACAAAUCGACUAAUUUGAUUAGGCUUCACCAGAAGUUGUCGAUUCUCAAAAACUUACUAGAGGACUGUUUCAAGAGAUUUACCAAUUUGAUUGCACAUUUGAGUACAAGAUAUAUCUACGCCUGGAAGAUGCUCAAGAUUUUUGGUUUUAUGGAUGAUAUUCUUAGGGACCAGGAAUUUCAUGAUCGUAUGAGAAACGGAACGGCUGGCUCGUUACCAGCUACUUAUGACCAUGAAAUGGUAGUUUCACUUAUAUCCCUCUUGGAAUCCACUUUGUCUAACAUAAAGAAAAAACCAGAAAAUGAAGAUUUGAAAAACAAAUUCUCUCAAUUUAGCAGAGAUAGCCCUACAGGAAGCGUCUCGUCUGAUUCCAUCCCUGAUAGUGAGCAAAUAGAUCAGAUGUGGUUGCAAUUGAUGUCUCAAAAGAAUGUGUGGCUACAGAAUAUGGAACAAUCGAGGGAACGUGGUAAUGGCCAGUACGCACGUCCCUUGGAAGACGAAAUGGGAUCAUUCAACGAAUAUAACGAUCUAGCGAACUACGAAAGUUUGGGUUUUGACGGUUUGAUAUCAUCUCAAGCCGGAAAGUCGGAGAAGGAUAAGAUUGUGAAUUUCAACAUUUUCGACUCCUUACCGAUGGGCGAGAUGUAUGGAAAUUUCAACUAA